AUGCAGAACUUGAAACCAUACAUCGGAGAAUACCUUCCAUUCGCCGUGAAGAUCACAAUCGCAGAAUAUACACCACCACGACGUUUAUGGCAUAUUCCAGAUGUUGCUCCAGGAAAUUGUCCACGUUGUGAUACAAAAAUUGAUCGCGAAAAGGUUCAAGCCGCUAAUCGCUUCUGGCAUUUAGAGUGCUUCAAUUGCAGUUUAUGCCGUGAAAGAAUGGAUGUUAACUCUUUUAUUGCAAGAGACGAUUUAAUUUUCCAUCCAGAGUGCUACAAAUUGUGCUACAACGAGCGUUGCUCUAGAUGCACACAACUUACAGAACCAAAAGACAGUUGCAAAGCUUUUGGAAGAAUUUACCACAAAAAUUGUUUGCAUUGUGAAAAAUGUCUUGCAAGACAGACUCUUUCCAGCAGGAUUAGUAGUUUCUAUAGCAUUCCAUAUUGCUCUGGAUGCUAUGAAGAACUUAUGAAGCUCUUCCCAGUUUGCAUUGCCUGCAAGAAGCCAGUUCUUCCAACAGACAAGUGCAAGUCAUACUUCUGGGAAGGACAUAAGUAUUUCUAUCAUGUCCCAGACUGCGAAAAGUGCCCUAAGUGCGGUAAAGCUCCUGACAAUGGAGGAGAUCCAGAUAAGCAAAUUUAUUGCGUUGAAGAUGAAAGAUUAUAUUGCUAUGAAUGCUAUAAAGAGGCAUGCAAGAAGAUUUGCGCUACAUGCAACAGACCUAUUUUCGAACAAGCAAGCAAAAUGGAAAAUGUUUAUUGGCAUAGCCAUCAUUUCCAGUGCACUGUUUGCAAUACAAUCCUUAAGCCAAAUACUUGCGUCUUUGACUACGGAAUUCUCAAGUGCAAGUCUUGCGCAACAGAAGAUAAACCAGUUUGCGCUGGAUGCGGAAAGCCAAUUGUUGAUGAACCAGUUACUGCUUGCAGAACAAUCUGGCAUCCACAAUGUUUGAGAUGCCAGUUCUGCGAUAAAGGCGUACUUGGCAAGAAAUUCACAAACGUUAGUGGUGCGCCAUGCUGCGAAAAAUGCUAUUCCGAAAAGAUGGAUGAUGGCACAAUUGAUAGAAAGACAGGCCAGCUCAAGACACACCACCACCAUUCAAGAAAACAUAGACAUUAA